ACUGGUAGCAAGUCAGAGGAGGGGAGGGAAGAAAGAGGUGGAGAUGGGGAAGAGAGAAGAGAGGUGGAGAUGGGGAAGAGAGAAGAGAGGUGGGGAGAGAAAAAGGGGGUGUUUUUCUUCUCUAUAUUUGGUACUGCUGUGUUUUGAAUUUAUUAGACAGACACCAAUUAAAGGCUUUUGUUGGUUGAGGAGACAGGGCUGGGAGUGACAAUAGACCAUCUAUUCCUUGCAAAUACUACUUAUUUUAAUGCAACACUCUUGAGUAAGACAAACUGCCCAAGGACAAAGGGUAUGUGGAGGUCAAAGUGCAUACAGAAGUCAGAGUCAUAUUGUUGAUUGAUGUGUCUAGACUGAAGGGCAGGUAUUGUGUUGUUGUUGAGCUGAUUUAAAACCAUUUUCCUCAGCAGGUAAUUUGAUUCAGGGAGCUUGGUGUUAGAUGGUCCUUGGUCACUCUACAGCCGUCACACACACACACACCCCCUCCCUGUGUGUGCGUGUCAGUGUAAUAGAGGGUAGAGCCAGAGGUCGGGGCUAAACACCUCCAAUAGACUUCUAUUCCAACAACACAGAGGCAGGUGACCUGCUGACCUCAUGAAGCACUUACAGGGCUGUCACCCUCGUCACAUGACGUGGGAGUCACAGAGCUGGGGUACAGGUGGUUAGUGAUGGGUUCAAGUGAGGUUUGAACUGUUUAGUAACGGCCCUGCUCCUCUCUUUUAUUUUCUAACGUUGGACUUCUUUUAGCCUUAUACACUACAUUACCAAAAGUAUUGGACAACUGCAUGUCGAACAUCUCAUUCCAAAAUCAUGGGCAUUAAUAUGGAGUUGGUCCCCCGUUUGAUGCUAGAUGUUGGAACAUCACAGCUAUUUUCAGGUCUCUCCAGAGAUGUUCGAUCAGGUUCAAGUCCAGGCUCUGGCUGGGCCACUCAAGGACAUUCAGAGACUUGUGGCCCAGCCAGAGCCUGGACUUGAACCUGAUCGAACAUCUCUGGAGAGACCUGAAAAUAGCUGUGCAGCAAAGCUCCCCAUCCAAGCUGCAGAGAAGAAUGGGAGAAACUCCCCAAAUACAGGUGUGCCAAGCUUGUAGCGUCAUACCCAAGAAGACUCGAUGCUGUAAUUGCUGCCAAAGGUGCUUCAACAAAGUACUGAGUAAAGGGUCUGAAUACUUAUGUAAAUUUCCAUUUUCUAUUCAUAAUACAUUUGCAAACAUUUCUAAAAACCUGUUUUUGCUUCAUCUUUAUGGGGUAUUGUGUGUAGAUUGAUGAGGGAAAAAAAACAAUUUAAUACAUUUUAGAAUAAGGCUGUAACCUUACAAAAUGUGGAAAAAGUCAAGGGGUCUGAAUACUUUCCGAAGGCACUGUACUUGUUGUAAAAGUGGCAUCCUAUGACGGUGCCACGUUGAAAGUCACUGAGCUCUUCAGUGAGGCCAUUCUACUGCCAAUGUAUGUCUAUGGAGAUUGCAUGGCGGUGUGCUCGAUUUUAUACGCCUGUCAGCAAAGGGUGUGGCUGAAAUAGCCGAAUCCACUAAUUUGAAGGGGUAUCCACAUACUUUUGUAUAUAUGGUGUAUCUAUAGGUUUUAGUAUUUUAACAGCUCACUAACAUUCAUUUUUUCCUUUCUUACUCUCCUCCCGUCCUCCCCUCCUCCUCUCCUCUCCUCUCUCCUCCUCCCCGCCUCCUCUCCUCUCCAGUGGGAUGCUAUAACAGAGAUGGAUGAACACAACCGUCCCAUCCAUACCUUCCAGGUGUGUCACGUGAUGGAACCCAACCAGAACAACUGGCUACGCUCCAACUGGAUCUUCCGCCAGGCCGCACAGAAGGUGUGUAGUGGUUCUGAGCAUGGGUUGGAACAUGGUGCUGGUAACACCUAGGUUGCGGGUUCAAUUCCCACAUGGGCCACAUACUAACCAAUUGUAUUUCCUGUAAGUGGCUUUGAAUAAAACAUCAGCAACUUUACUGUGUUUAUUAUUUAUCCAAGGUGUAUGUGGAGCUGCGGUUUACUCUGAGAGACUGUAACUCCAUCCCCUGGGUGUCUGGGACCUGCAAGGAGACCUUCAACCUCUUCUACUAUGAGACAGACGAGUCCCACGGGGUCAAGUUCAAACCCGCCCAGUACACCAAGAUCGACACCAUCGCAGCCGACGAGAGCUUCACCCAGAUGGACCUGGGAGACCGCAUCCUCAAGCUCAACACGGAGGUCCAUCACCUCAAUUAACUCAAUAAAAAUAAUAUGUGACUUAUAGCCUGAGUGCCAGUCUGUUUCUGCCCUCUUGCCAACUCCUAUUUUUUGGCAUGGCAAUUCCAUAAAGAGUUGGCAAGACAGCAGAAACAGAAUGGUGCCCAUGCUACUUGAUUUAGGGGCAAUUGUGUAGGCACUGCAUACUAGGGACAUGUUGUUGUGAAAUACAUGCGAAAAUCCAUUUAAUCAAUUUCAAUUCAAUUAACUUUAUUGAUCCCCAAUGGGCAAUCAUUGACCAUGUCAAUGUUUUCUAUAGGUACGGGAAGUGGGUCCUAUCUCCAGGAAGGGUUUCUACCUGGCGUUCCAGGACAUUGGGGCGUGCAUUGCCCUGGUCUCUGUCAGGGUGUACUAUAAGAAGUGUCCCUUCACCCUGAGGAACCUGGCCUCCUUCCCCGACACCGUGCCCCGGGUCGACUCAUCCUCCCUGGUGGAGGUCAGGGGAGCGUGUGUGGAGCACGCCGAGGAGAGGGACACGCCCAAACUGUACUGCGGCGCCGACGGUGACUGGCUGGUGCCGUUGGGGAAGUGUGUCUGUAGCCUGGGCUACGAAGAGAUGGAUGGGGCAUGUCUCGGUGAGUCACAUGACUUCUGUUCUGACUGGAUCUGUCCACCUCUCACUCGCUACCUCUCUCUCGCUACCUCUCUCUCUCUCUCUCUCUACCUCUCGCUACCUCUCUCUCUCUCUCUGUGUCUUCCUCUCUGUCUUUGUCUUUCCCUCCCUUUCAUUCUCUCUCUCCAUUUCAGUAGCCCCUCACCCUCUCUCUUUCAAACCCUCUUUCAAACCCUCUCCUUCCAUGUACUUAGAGUAUAUCUUUGUAUUAAUCUGAAUCAUCUCCUGAAGCUGUAUGAUAUGAAUACAGCCUAGCAGUAAACAUGAGGUUUGAUAGAGUAUCAGUAUCUGGGUCGUUCCACGAAAUUAGUCCCUUUUGCGUGCGUCCCUUUGAUAUUUUAAGUAGAAAUUGUGCACCAAUAUGGAAUUUUAAAAGCCUGUUAUAUUAAAUGAAGUGCCCUUUAAUGUAGGAAUUCAAUACAUCAGAUUUUUAAUAUGAAUAAAGACUUGUUAAAUGAUGUCCCUCAGUCAACCCUGUGUCACUUUUAGGAAGAUUUUAAUCCACUUAACCCCAACAUUUCUCAAAGUUUCACCAUCAUUGUAAAGCCCUAGUCAUUUCUGAAUAUUAUUAUUUAUUUCAUGUGAUUAGUGAUUAGUCUGUCCCUCAUUUUAAGUUCAACUCUGUUACGUGAUCUGAACUCUCGUUUGAAUAUGGUGAAACUAUUCCUUUUAAAAUAUUUUUUUCAAAAGUAACAUUGAACAUCUAAUAGUCAAAUUAUAGUGUAUAAGCAGGUAAGCUGGUUUGACUCUUUCUGGCCAUUUGGUGGUGGAAAACUGAGCGGGUCAAGCAUAACACGUCAACCCUGUUACCCAUAGAUAGACAGGCUAGAAUAGUUUUAACUAUUUAUAUUAUUAUUUUCAUUCAAUUGCCCCUCCCUAUUGCACACAACAAGCUUCCAUUCCCCCGUCACAGGGAGAUUUAAGGCUGAUUUAAGAUUAAAUCGGUCAAACCUGUUACUUUAUUUGGCACUUAAUAGGCACUUACUAUAGUAAUUUCGAGAUGGGAAAACAUGUUUUUUUAUUAAGUUGAACACAUGCUUUUUAUGACAGAAUGUUAAAAUUAGGUGAAAUCAAACGUUUUUUUGGACCAAGUUACAUUUCUCAAAAGGCACCGAAUUGGUGGAAUAACCCAUCUGUAGGCUACAUAUCACCAGUCCUGGCCUGCAGGGGGGAUUAUUUAUGGAUUAUGUAUGGGCCAAGGUGUCUGACUACACAAUGAAGAGUGUCAGGUGUUUGAACCACAGCAGCUUUAUUCACUGACCUGGAUCCAGAUAGGUCUCUUUUUCCCUCAUCUUUUCUCUCUCUAAAUCUCAUCCCCCUCUCUCUCUCUUCCCCCCCCCCCUCUAUCUCCUUCCCUCACCCCUCCCUCCCUCCCUCACCCCAUCUCCAUCCCUCUCUUUUAUUUGUCGUCCUGCAGUAUAGGUGCGGUGCAGAUAGGCAGAGCCCCAUGCAUUUUCACAAAGCCAGAUGUGUCAUCCCCUAUCCUUCAUUAUCUACCUCCUGUCAUUCCUCCUUCAUCCCUUCUUCUCUCCUGUCUCCUCUCCUCCUCCUCCUUUCCUCCUUUGUACCAGCCCCCCAACUCUGCCAUUCAGAUGAGAUGUAA